AUGGUUUUUGAUCUCCGAGACAUUCCAGAAAAUCUUAAGGUAAAAAUUGUUGCCAUCCGUUUUCGUAAAUAUGCUUCUUUGUGGUGGGAGAACGUACAGAAACAACGACAACGGGAGGAUUACCACAAUCUGAAACAGGGUUCCUUGACGGUAGAAGAAUUUAUUAACGCUUUUGAGCAACAUCGUUUGAGGUGCGGUAUAGACGAAGAAGAGGAACAGGUUAUUGCCAGGUUUUUGGCGGCACUCAGAUCCGAUAUUGCUGAUGUUGUCAGCCUUCAGCAGUAUUGGUCGUUUUCCGAUGUUUGCAUGUUAGCUCACCGGGUUGAAAAACAAUUAGCGUCGAAAGGAAAAGCCCCUACCCGUAUACCCCCCUCUCGGCGCUUUACUAUCCCUACAAACCCAAACAAAACUGAUGCCAUUAAGCCCAUCUCCCAGGCCCAACAAACACCCACUAUCCCCUCCAACCAAACCGCACAGGCCCAACAUGCCCAACGGUGUUAUAAGUGCCACAGACUGGGCCACCUUAAGCGAGAAUGCCCCAAUAAACAGGUAGUGGCCCUAAUAGACGAAACAAAGCCCGUUUAUGACUCGGAACCCGAAGACGAUACCCAUGAACCGUCCCACGUUGUUUUACCCGAUACCGACGAGGCUUUAAUAAUUCAACGAGUCCUCAACACUACCGUCCCCGAUUCCUCCGACAACACUUCGUGGCUUCGUAACACAUUUUUUCGCACCAAAUGUACCGCCAAAGGUAAGCUUUGUACGGUUAUUAUCGAUGGCAGGAGUUGUGAAAAUAUUGUAUCAUCCACCAUGUUUUCGAUCGGUGAUAAAUACGUCGACGAGGUUUGGUGUGAAGUUUUACCUAUGGAUGCGUGUCACAUUUUACUCGGUAGACCAUGGCAAUAUGAUCGGCGAGCAAAGCAUGAUGGGUUUCGGAAUACAUACUCGUUUAAAAAAGAUGGGAUUAAUAUUACCUUAGCCCCGUGUGACCCACGAAAAAAACCCGGCCCCUCCUCGGUGGUAUCCAAAUCGGUUUUCACCACUUUGUUAAAAACCGAGACGCCACAAGUGCUUUUCGGGUUGUUCUUGACCGAGCCGAACCACACUGCCAACCCCGUCCUGCCUCAAGUCCUACCGCUCAUUACCGAGUAUGCCGACGUUUUCCCUGACGACAUCCCCACGGGUCUCCCACUCAUGUGGGAUAUCCAGCAUUGUAUUGAUUUCCUUCCAGGGGCGAGUAUACCGAACAAGCCUGCUUAUCGUAUGAACUCGUCCGAAUUUACCGAGUUGAACUGCCAGGUACAGGAAUUGUUAGAAAAAGGGUUGAUUCGUGAAAGUAUGAGUCCGUGCACCGUACCUGCUUUCUUAGUUCCAAAGCCGAAUGGGACGUUCCGUAUGUGUGUUGACAGUCGAGCGGUAAAUAAGAUCACAGUCAAAUAUCGUUUUCCCAUUCCCAAGUUUGACGAUUUACUCGAUCAUUUGCAUGGGGCUCGGAUUUUUUCUAAAAUCGAUCUGCGUAGCGGUUACCACCAAAUCAGGAUGCGUGAAGGCGAUGAAUGGAAAACGGCCUUCAAGACAUGUGACGAUCUCUAUGAGUGGAUGGUGAUGCCGUUCGGGUUAUCGAACGCACCAAGCACGUUCAUGCGUCUUAUGAAUCAUAUUUUUAAACCGUUCAUUGCACCUCGUCCACCUACGAAGUAUUUUUGA